GGAACUGAUGAAGCAGCGCCUCCACACGGUCAGUCUGCCCGUCCAUGUCCGCCUGCGCCCGGUGGCUGAAGCUAGAAGGGACCGGAGUCAUGAGAGGAAUCCAGAGCCUCAAUCAUCUCUCUAGGCGGUGCUAUGCUGCAACACGGAUUUCCCCUCUAACAGAGCCACUGGGUUCUCCCAAGCCAUCUAAAGUCAUCGCACGCUCUGCAGAGAAUGUCCAGGUCUCUAAGCUUCCCAGUGGUCUUGUCGUUGCUUCCCUUGAGACUUUCUCUCCCGUCUCCAAAAUUGGAGUGUUUGUGAAAGCUGGCAGUCGCUAUGAACCUGUGGGGAACCUUGGCGUCACUCACUUACUGCGCUUGGCAGGCAAUUUGACCACUAAAGGAGUGUCUGCAUUCAAGAUCAGCCGAGGGUUGGAAGCUUUAGGAAGCACUUUGAGUGUAACAUCAACAAGGGAGCACAUGGUCUAUUCUUUGGACUUUCUGAGGGAUGAUUUUGACCACGUUAUAGAAUACCUGGCCAAUUUGACGACAGCUACUGAUUUCAGGCCAUGGGAAGUGUCUGAGCUUACUUCCAGAGUUAAGAUAGACAAGGCCCUGGCUGCUCAGUGUGCCCAAACAAGUGUUCUUGAGAACCUGCACCAAGCUGCAUAUAAAAAUGCCCUGGCCAACUCCCUCUACUGCCCAGACUUCAGGGUUGGGAAGAUCAGCAGAGACAAUAUGCAAGAAUUUGUUGCGAACAAUUACACAAGUUCAAGAAUGGCUGUAGUUGGAUUAGGAGUAAGCCAUUCUGCUUUAAAGCAAGUGGCACAGCAGUUCUUUGACGUUCAUAAAGGGGCAGGAGCUUCAGGAGACAAGGCUAUUUACCAUGGAGGUGAGCUGCGGGUUCAGAAUGGAGACUCGCUGACGCACACACUGCUGGCCUGUGAGGGGGCUGCGAGCGGCACAGCAGAAGCCAACGCCUUUAGUGUGCUUCAGCAGCUUUUGGGAGUUGGCCCUCAGGUUAAGAGAGGCUCCAGCAUCUCCAGCAAACUCAGCCAGGGCAUCGCCAAGGCAACCACGCAACCCUUUGAUGCCUCAGCUUUCAACAUCUCAUACUCAGACUCUGGCCUGUUUGGACUGUACACCAUCGCUCAGGCUGGCUCCGCAAAGGAGGUCAUCAAAGCUGCCAUGGCCCAGGUGAGCGCUGUGGCUAAAGGAGUUUCUGAACAGGACCUCAUCAGAGCAAAGAGCCAGCUGAAGACUGAGUACCUCAUGGUUUUGGAGGGUUCAGAAGGACUGCUGGAGGAGAUUGGAGCUCAAGCUCUGGCCAGCGGUGCUUACAGCUCCCCAGAUGAUGUGGCCAAGGCCAUUGACUCUGUGACAUCCAGUGAUGUUGCCAAUGCUGCAAAGAAGUUUGUCAGCAGCAAGAAGACAAUGGCGAGUAGAGGACACCUAGUAAACACACCAUUUGUGGAUGAAUUAUGAGGAUGAACUAUAACUUAAAGUAUUACAACAUUUACACACCACUGCUGCUGACCAUGUUUUUCUUAACGUACACCACUGGUUGAAGUUUGUUGUACAACAAAUGUGUAUCAAGAGUGGGAAGUAUACAUAACGCCAGUUUCACUGUAUAUCUGUUGUAAAUUCAUUAAAAUCUUACUACAUUGUAA